AUGUCGCCCGGCAGGACGUGUCCCCCCCGCCACCGGCCCCGCGGGGACCGGCGGCCGCAUCCGCCCCGCGUGGGAUGCGGGACGGGCAGCGGCGCCGCGGGCGGGAGCCGCUCGGUCACCGGCGGGACGCGCCCACGCCGGGGGUGCCCGUGUCCCCCGGUGCCCCCCCGAUGCCCCCCGGUUUCGGGCUUCCAGAGCCCCGUGGGACCACACGGCAUUUCCUGCCUGGCCGCGGCUUCCGCUGGCGGCGGCCCCCACCGGGACGGCGGGGCCGGGCGGCGGGGACCGGGGGGCACCGGUGUCACCGGUCACGGUGUGUCUCCCCCGCCAAACAAAGCCGGCGACGCGGAGGGGCCACCGGGAGGGCCCGCGCCGCGAGCCCGGCGCCGGUGGGUUCCCUCCCGCAGUGUUGGGGGUCCCGAUGGCACCGGUGGCACGGGGUGGGGACGGGGCACCGCCGAGCCACGUCCCGGGGACGCGGUGGCACCGGCGGGCUGGGCCGGUGACCGCGGCAGGGUGGCCACCGCCCCGUCCGUGACAGAGGGCCGGGGACCGCGCGGGGGACCCGCGCCCACCGGGAACCCCCCGCACCCACCGGGAACCCCCGCGCCCACCGGGAACCGGCACCCAAGGGGGAACCCCAGCCCUGGGGACCCCCGCAACCACGGGGACUCUCCUCCCGCAGCCCCGCUCGCCGCCCCGACGGGACUUUCCCGCUUCACAAAGUCCCCGGGGCCUCAGGGGCCCCGCCGGUGGCACCGGGAGUGGCGUCACCCCCCGGGGCUGUCCCGGGCGGGGUAUUCCCCGCGGCCCCGAGGCCACUGCCCAUCCCCGCGGGCACCAGCGCUCCCCGCCCGUCCCCGGUGGCUCCGGGCGCCGGUGUCGUCCCGGCGGUGCCCGAUGCCUGCCCCGUGA